UUAAAUGGAUUUUAUCUUCAUUUGUCUUGGAUGUCUCUAUUGUACUCCCCCUUGCUAUUUUUCGUUGUUUAUUACUGCUUGUUUUCACUAUUUUACUCUUGUUCUGCAUUUGCUAGUUUUUGGUAUAUGCUUUAUCUGUAAUAUAUGUUUCCACUGUUUGUGUAUUUGUACAAUACCCACAUUGCUUGUCUUGUCCCUUUAUCUGCAACUUUAUUGGCCUUUAUCUUUUGACCAUAUACUAUUGUUUGUCCUCUAUCAUGAUUCACGAACUAAUACAUGUUACAUAACGCCUGAAACGGUGGUAACAUGGAACUUUGAUUAUUAUUUUAAUAAUACUCAAUUCCAGUUUUGGUAUAAAUAGGAAUCUUUUUAAUUCAACUGAGGCUAUGUUUUUACAGCUUUUCGCUUCCAUUGUCAUUUUACUGUUGAGCUCUCUCUGGAAAUGGAAAUAGAUAAGAUGGAAGGCAUGUACGAGCCUCACAACCAUCACAGAUCCAAACGAAACAAGAACACCACUCUAGCUUCAUGUUGCGUAGCCACGCUGUUCUUGAUCUUCAUCGGCAUUGCUCUACUCAUCGUCUACUUUCUCAUCUUCAAACCAAAGACUCCCAAGAUCACCGUCGACGCCGUCCAGCUCCCCACCUUCGCCAUCUCCAACGCCACCGUUAACUUCACAUUCUUCCAAUUCGUCUCCGUCACCAACCCUAACCGUGAAGCUUUCACUCACUAUGACAGUUCGCUUCAGCUCGCCUACUCCAACGGCAAUGCACCUCUCGGUUUUGUUUUCAUCCCUGCAGGAAAAAUCGACGGAGGCCAUACACAGCACAUGUCGGCGAAGUUCUCUGUACAGUCUUUUCCGCUUCCGGAGAGACCGUCGCCGUCGACGGUGACAGCAAUUGGAGGUGAUGGUGGAAUGGAAUUUGGAGUUGUUGGACCAACAAUGGAGAUCGAGACGAGGAUGAAAUUGGUUGGUAGUGUUAGGGUUUUGAAGAUAUUUACGCAUAGAGUUGAAAGUGGGAUUAAUUGUGGAGUAGCCAUUGAAGUAAGAAGUGGAUCUGUGUUAGGGUUUCAUUGCUAGCAUUCAUCAAGGAAAUAUUGUUUUAUUUUGAAUUAAAUAUCUAACUCUACAUUUUGAUCGGAAGGAACUGUAUUUUAAGGAGGUGUUUGUAUGUGAAAAAUCUGAAUAUUCAGACUUUUAGAUUUUUACAA